AUGUGGCAGAGACUAAAGCAGUCGAGUCUCGUGGUUCCUGUCUCCUCAGUCCUGGUUCUCGUCCUUGGUUCGGGGUCCGAUCCUCCCUUCCAGAGCCCGGGUUCAGGGUCUACACCGCGGCUGAAGCAGGUGCAGUCUGCGCCGCUGGAUCAGCAGGGGAACACACCCACCGCCUCCUCUGAGCUGCAGCCAGGACCAGAGCCACCCAGCCCGGGCUCACGCUCCCACAGUCCCCGCCGUGCUCAGGCUCCAGCCCCGGGCCUCACGCUCCUCUGCGGCCGCCCUCACAUCGCUCCAUCACGGCCACAUGUGUCUGUCAUCCCCGCAGCAUCAUGCAUCCUUUUCGGGCUGAUUCUCCGCUUGCAGCCGCCUCUUUGUCUCCUCCGCUUCAGACAAUGA